GGUAAAUGUAUAAUGUAAACCAAAAACUAAGAAGAAUAUAGUCUAAACUUUCGUCGGGUUAAUGUAAAUAUGACGUCACAUUGAAAAACAACAGCUUUGCAAAUAACUGAAUAUAGACACAAACUACACAAUACCAAGAUAUUAAUGCUACGGUCGACAUAAAAAAAUAUCCACUAGUCGCCAGAAAAUCACUUUAAAACAAAUCGUUCAUAAAGGUGUUCGAAUUGGUUAUUUUUAUUUCAAUAAUUUAAGUAAGAAAUACAGUACAAUUUCAAACAAUAAAAAAUGAAACUUCUAUGUAUUUUAAUAUCGUUUACCUUGGUAAAUGUUUUGGUAGCUGAAUUAGAUGAAUAUGUUGCAAUGGUUAAGAUAGUAAACAAUCGUAUCAACGAUGUAAAAGAUCCCUUGCCGGAAAUUAUUACAAAUAUUGUUCGUGCCAGUCAGAAGUAUACGAUGAGGGACAUAUCGAAUAUGUUAGUAGUACCGGAAAGUAUAGCUGACACCUCAGGACAAAUGUUACUAUGCCAGUAUUAUGUGCUAUCAGAAAUAUCGCAUGUUGAAAGUUCCGAUACAUCUACGACAAAAUCUAAAGAUCAAUUUAAAGGAAAGACUCUGUUAGAAUUAGGAGAGAAAAGAAGAGAUGUAAUUGGAAAAGCUGUAAAAAAUGUAAUUGAAGGUGUACUAGCGGGAGAUAAUCAAGACUUCAAAGAUUCAUUGCCGAUGUGUCGAUUAUUAGGAUUCCUUAGAAGUAUUAAAUUUCCAGAUAACUUUGUAGUUCAGGCUACGGUGAAAGAUAAAAUUUGUAUUCUAGAAGAUAUAAAUAUUAACGUUAUUAGUUACAAACACCAAUCAAACAACUAUUGGCAAAUAGCCAAAAAUAGUAGUGAUGGUGCGAAACUUUCUGAACUGUUAAAGGGUUUAUAGGAAUAAUACUCAUUUGAUAGUACUACUAUUAUUAUUAUUAUUAUAUUUAAAGAAAUUGUACUUUCUACAAUAAUAUCGAAAUUUAAAUAUUAUUUUAUUUUUAAAUUUAGUUUAUUGUACUUAAUAACAAAAAGCAAAUCAAACAAAAAACAAAUCG